AUGACGCCCGGCAAACAUUCCCGUGCCUCAGCUGGAGCCGCUAACGCCGAGGGUUGAUACUGGGUCUCCAGAAGCAGCCAAGGAAGGGGGUGGUCGACCACUCAUCCGGUCGCCGCCAUGCCCAUCUCUCCGGUAAACAGCCGCAAGCAGCAGAAUCUCGGGGUAAAUGUUGGUGCACAGCCAAGGAGGUCCAUUAGCUUUAAUGGCCCAGCAAAAGGAGCUCAAGUAAGAGGAGGAUAUGUUGGUGCAAACCAAAGCAGAAUGGCUCUGUCAAAAACCAUGGUGAUUCCAUCCGACAUAAGAACAACAGAAAAAAUGAAUAUUUCCUCCACGAAGGUAGUCACCCAGGUGAUUGAUAUACAUGGAGUUGACGUUACUCCCAGACCUCUUUACCAUCCAGAUCCACAUACUGGUGGUACAGCAAAGCCAAAUAAACUAUUUACAUCACAAGAAGGAUCGCAUACAUCAGAAUUUGUAGCUUCCUAUAGCCUUUAUCAGAAUACGUUAGGGCAGUUUACAAGGUCAGUUUUAGGAAGCAGCACAGUUUCUAAGUCAAGUGUAUCUAUUACUGAAUCCAUGGCAGAAGACUUAGAAGAACCAUCCUAUAAACGGGAAAGAUUGACUAGUUUUACAGAUUUACGAGUUAUGAGGGCAACACCUGGAAAAAUUGUAACAAAAGAAGAUCUGGAUAAGACUAUAGAGAUAAUACUUACAGAGACGGAAACAAUGAGCUUUUUUAACUUACCAACAAUUAUGGUUUCUGUAGAAUCUGAAGAAGCUGAGAAAGUAAGCCAGAGAAAUAAGAAUUAUGAGAACCUUUGUCGAAAUAGAUUAGGCAAUGACUUAUAUGUAGAAAGGAUGAUACAGACUAUUAAUGGAGCACCAAAGAAUAAAGACGUUCAAUGUGACAAAAUUGUAAAAGAAGACAAAGGCAUAAUGUCCACAGCGUGGGAUUUGUAUGAUUCUUAUAAUGCUACAGAGCUUUCAUCUUUACCAGUAAAACAAUCUAUAGUUGAUUCAAGUAAUAAAGCAAGUAUACCUCCUAAAGACCGGGACCAAAGAAUGCCAGGGAGUAAUUUAGAAAAAAUUAGUGAAGGUAGUUCUAUAAUGGAUAUAGAAAAUGUAAUUCUGGCUAAAAUCCGUGAUGAUGAAGAAGACCACUCAGACACAGUAUUGAAAUCUGACAAGUUUCAACAGGACUUAUUUUUUAUGGAACGAGUUAUAAUGGGAAAUAUAUUUCAGCCAAAACUUGCAGCUUAUCGUCAGCUUCCUGUUUUAAAAGAACCGGAACCUGAAGACCCUGAAGACUUUUUAGAAGGUGAAAAACUUGAAGAGGUAGAAGAAGAGGCUAAGAAAGAAGAGGAAGAAGAAAUAGAAAUAGGUUCAGAACAAUCAACAAUACCAGCCAAUUUGGAACGCCUUUGGUCGUUUUCUUGUGACUUAACCAAAGGACUUAAUGUGAGCAGCCUUACCUGGAAUAAAACAAAUCCAGAUCUUUUGGCUGUUGGCUAUGGUAACUUUGGAUUUAAGGAGCAAAAAAGAGGAUUGGCUUGCUGCUGGUCAAUAAAGAAUCCCAUGUGGCCGGAACGUACUUAUCAGAGUCCAUGUGGAGUUACUUCUGUGGAUUUUUCAAUUGGAUCACCUAACCUUUUAGCAGUUGGCUAUCACAAUGGCACUAUUGCAAUUUAUAAUGUACAGAGCAACAGUGAUGUUCCAGUUCUGGAUAGUAGUGAGUCACCUCAAAAACAUUUGGGGCCUGUAUGGCAACUACAGUGGAUAGAACAAGAUCGAGGGACCACAGGUGAUGACAAAAGAGAAAUACUAGUUUCUAUAUCAGCAGAUGGAAGAAUCUCCAAAUGGAUUAUAAGGAAAGGACUGGACUGUCAUGAUUUGAUGCGUUUGAGGCGAACUACUGCUGGAAGCAGCAAAAAGGGAGGGGAAAAGGAAAAGAAAGGGGAAGCUUUGAUAUCUCGACAGGCUCCUGGAAUGUGUUUUGCUUUUCACCCCAAGGACACAAAUAUCUAUUUGGCUGGCACCGAAGAAGGUCAUAUUCACAAAUGUUCUUGUUCAUAUAAUGAGCAGUAUCUAGAUACUUACAGAGGACAUAAGGGCCCAGUGUAUAAAAUAGCAUGGAAUCCAUUUUGUCAUGAUGUAUUCUUAAGCUGUUCUGCAGAUUGGGGUGUUAUUGUAUGGCAACAUGAAAAUCUCAAACCAUUUUUGAGUUUUUAUCCAACUACUCAUGUUGUUUAUGAUAUUUCCUGGUCUCCGAAAUCACCCUAUAUAUUUGCAGCUGCAAAUGAGACCAGAGUGGAGAUUUGGGACCUUCACAUCAGCACUUUGGACCCUCUGAUUGUGAAUGUUGCUAACCCCGGAAUCAAGUUCACAACUGUUCUCUUCGCCAAACAAACAGAUUGCCUUCUGGUGGGAGAUAGCGAUGGACAAGUUGCUGUAUAUGAGUUAAGAAAUAUGCCCACUACUUUGGAUUCUAACCGGGGAGAUAUAAUAGAUACUUUGCUCGGGCCCAAAUCAAAUCAAAGUAUAAUUCAUCAUCAGUAGUAUCUUUUUUUGUUGUUUAAAAGAGCAGCGUUUAAUAUCCAGUUGUCUGGUUUGUAUGCAGUAAUCUAGGCUUUUGAUUACAGAAAACAAUAUUUGAUGUAUAACUUCUGUCUAAACUUAAUGUAAAUUUAAUGAACUUUUAUUUCAGAGAAAUGUGAUUAAUUUGUGAUUUAAGCUAAUUGUAACAAUUUUGUUGAGCUUUUCCUAAUUUUUUGAAAUCUAUUUCUGUUCUUUCUCUAUAUGUAUACUUAUAAAAUGUCCAUAUACAUAUAGGUUAGAAAAUUGUUAUUCCUUCAAAAGCAAGUUUGGAAAUUAUUAGAAUUAUUUAAAUCAGAAUCUUUAUUAAGACUAAGUUCUGUAUACUUCUAAAUCUUCUGCUUUCCGAGCUCUGUUUUCCAGGGUUUAUGAAUUAUGUAAGUGUUAGUAUUAUGAGAAUAUUGGAUUCACAUACCCAAUUUUAAAUAGGAAUUUAAUCCUCUUAGACCUGAAAGCUGAAGCUAUAGAACUUAGACAACUUAACAAGCAAAAGACAUGACAGCAAUGUCAGAAUUGCUUUGUUUGACUAGCAGCUAUCACAUUCUCAAUUCAGUGGGAAGAAUUCAUCUGGGACACAUCAGGGCACCCUCCUCUGCAUGUUCGGAAUCUUCCCUGGAUUUUUAAGGCCAGACUUAAGUAGGCCCAGAGAGAAAAUAGAAAGUCCCUGAUCUAUAUAGUUUGCAAUGGAAUGUUAUUUUGUGAAGGGUUCUAGAGCAAGCUUGUGGAAGGAGGAGAAGUGGGAGGCAGCAGCUCCUCCAAGUGUUGGUUGCCAAGAGUCUGUUCCAUGGUGUUUAUUUUUCCCAAGUCCUGGAGUUUGUUAACUGAGACAAUAGGACAGUAUAGCCAGUUCUAUCAGGCAUUCUCAGUGGAGAGGAGAGGAUAAGGGACUUGAAACUCACUCAACUAUCUGAAAAAUAAUGCAUAUUGAAAACUGAGAAUGGAAUUUGUGCACCAGUGGAUAAACUACCUGUUACAAGUAUCCAUUUCUUCACAAUCUCCAUCCUUUGGAGCCAUCCUUUAAACAAAAGCAGGGCAUGUUUAGGUGAACUGAAAGCUUAGGUCAGGUUGUAAGGAUUAUACAUUUUCUACUGAUGUAAGUCACUCAUUCUUUUCUUUGUCGUUUUAAAAGUUUUAGAUUUUCCAUAACACUUUGUGUAACAAAAUAAAAACAAUUUAAUUGAAAAA